UUCGAAAGCACGCAGCCUGGACCCAGGGCGCCCUACUGUGCCCUAGCCAUAUGCUGGCCCACAGUACUUGCGCCCAUAUACGUCGCCGCACUCGCCGCCUUGAUAAAGAACUGGGUCAUGUUCAACCUGAUGGUCCUGCUACCAUCGUCGCUCCUGCUGGUCACCACGGGCCUGGUCGAAGAGUCGCCACACUGGCUCCUCGUGAGCCUGCGCUUCGAAGACGCCGAGCGCGUCGCCGUGUACGCGGCCAGGUUCAACGACGAGGACACGGACCGAGUGCGCAGGCGCAUCGACGCCAUUCGGCACGCGGCCACGAUCAACCAGCCCGGAGGCCGAGCCGCACCGCUGCUGGAGGCUGCCAAGCGAUCGCUGGCCGCUACAGUUGUGUGCGGUGGAAUGGCGUACCGAAGCUUCGUCCUCAGCGUAGCCUGGUUCACGUUGUUCGUCGUGUACUACGGCGGACUGGCGACCGACAGCAAGACGGUGAACCACGACUACGAGCUCGCCAAGUGGGUCGUGGUGAUCGGAAACGCGCCAGCUAUGGCGGUCGCCUACUUCCUGGUCAAGCACUACGACCAUCUGUCCACCAUCGUUCGCCUCAUGUCCACGGUGGCUAUGGCUCUCGCCUUUCACGCGGCACUCGUGGCCUUUGAGCUGCCGUUGCCACUCACUGUGCUCAUAAUGUGGGUGAAGCUCCUACUGAACAUCACCUACGUCGUGUUCUCCGUGGAAACAGUCGAGAUGUUCCCGACAGAGAUGCGCAGUGUGGGCUUCGCCGGCGCCUACAUGUGGGGUCGACUGGGUGCGACUUCUGCCAACGCGGUUAAGGACCUCGAGAACCAGCUGAACGGAAGCGCGAAGGCCCUCCCGGUUGCCCUCUGCGCUCUGUGUUUGUCCCUUUCAUCGCUGAUGCUAGUGACACUGAGCAACGAGGAGGCACCCGACACGGCAGUGAUGGCACUCAUGUGGAACGACGAGAGGCAGAAAGAACCGAAACACUGA